CCUCUAGGACAAUUCUCCUGGUGUCAUGGGUCCUGCUCCACGCGGCCCACAUGAGCUCCGCGGCAUUUACAACAGCAAGCACUUUACCCGAGCCAGAAUUCGUCGAGGAGAUUGGCAACAGGACUGUGCCAGCAGGACGGAACAUAAAGUUGGCGUGCAGCGUCAAGGACUUGGGAAGUUACAAGGUAGCCUGGAUGUUAUUCGACAAGAGUGCAAUUCUCACAGUCCACAAUCACGUGAUAACGAGAAAUCCCAGGAUAUCAGUGACCCAUGACAAACACAGAACCUGGUACUUGCAUAUUAAUAAUGUCCACGAGGAUGAUAAGGGCAAGUACAUGUGUCAGAUCAAUACAGCUACAGCAAAGACGCAGUAUGGUUUCUUAAAUGUUGUUGUUCCACCGAAUAUCGACGACUCGCAGAGUUCGUCAGACGCGAUCGUGCGAGAGAAUGCAAACGUCACACUGACGUGCAAAGCAACUGGAAGCCCAACCCCAAUUAUACGAUGGAGACGUGACGACAGUGAGAAUAUUGCUAUAAAUAGAUCAUUAGAAGUUGCUGAGUGGGAGGGCGAGACCCUGGAGAUAACGCGCAUUUCUAGACUCGGAAUGGGAGCGUAUUUAUGCAUUGCCAGCAAUGGAGUACCACCUGCUGUUAGCAAACAGAUCAAAGUAUCAGUCGACUUUUCCCCGAUGUUGUGGAUCCCUCACCAGCUAGUGGGUGCACCCCUAGGUUUUGCCGUGACCCUCGAAUGUUACUCCGAGGCACAUCCAACGUCGCUGAACUACUGGACACGCGAAGGGGGUCCAAUGAUACACGAGAGUAAAAAAUACAAAAUGACCUCUGUCGCGGAAAAACCAGCCUACAAAACCCAUAUGACACUGACAAUUUACGAUUUGGCGCCAUCGGAUUAUGGAAGCUACAAAUGCGUCGCCAAAAAUCCUCGCGGGGACACAGACGGCACAAUUCGACUAUACAUGUCUACACCACCGAGCACAAGCCCCGGUCCACUGACCACGGAGCCAUUGAGAAAAGGCUGGGACGUACUGACAGAGAUGAACAAUUCGAUAGAUGGCAACCCGAGUUCACUGACUUUUCAUAAUGGAAAAACAUCGAAGACAGGAAAAUCCCAGUCAAAUCUCAACGAGAUCGACAAAUCGGAGAGAAAAUCGGACGACGUGGAUAGAAAGGGCAACUACAAAUGGGCGUCUGAUAAUGGUGUUGCCGUCAGAUUAUCGAGGGUAACAUCGACGCUGCUCACAAUCACGUUCAUCUCAACGUGGAUUAUCCGAUAAACAUGCGCCAAUAUUUACCCCACGGUGAAUGUGAUCGUUUAAAGACAUUUGGUGUCGGUGAAACGAGAAUUUAUAAAGAGAAUUUUAAAUAAGACGACAAGACUGAGACUGUGUAGUUAGCGCUGUUUUAAUGUGAAUAACAAGAGAGUGAUUGAAUGGUGAAGAAUUUCGUGACAGGACACGUGCCAACAGCUAUGUCAAGGUCAACCAUUUAUCAUUUCUGGAGUGCAAGAAAUAUCGCUAGUGAGAUAAUAUUAAGGAAUUACUGUAAUGUGCUAGGAUUAAUGUAGAGGAGAGAGACAUUUGGGGAGGAUUAUUGGCACGAGUGCAACGACCGUCGCUUUCGAUGUAAUAUAUUGUAAAACGCGUUAUGUCUCGAUACGUCAAAUG